GCGACGGGACAUCUGGGGUCGAGAACCAGGCUGCUCUGCCCCGGACCGCUGCUCGCUGCUCGCCGCUCCCCCGCCACAGUAGGACAGGACUUCCGGGACAGGCGCUUCAGAAUAAAAGCCCGGGCUGAGGGAAGGAAAGAAGAAAAAACGCUCAGGAGUUGAGGUAGAAAUGAAACCGGCCCACGACAGAGAAAGUAAGAAACGACCGGCGGUGGGAGAAUUUUAGUUACACGAAUCAACAACUUCGGGGCCAAAAAUCGUCCAUAUAGACGUCGCCGGAAGCCACAAGCCACCACUGGAUGAAAAAUAUGAGGCCUGUAGGCUUCCUCCACACACAGGAUCAUGUGUGAACACCAGGUUUAUAUCCUCAUGUCAGCUCCAGCGUUGGCCCAUAAAUAUUAUUAAAAAGGUACUGUCGGUUUGUGGCAGCAGGUUUUGGAUGUAAACUAGUAUCUGAGCUGUUCUGGGACUUCCUAUAUUCUUGGGUACAUAAAGUUGUAUCUACAUUAUUUUAGUUUAUUUGUCUAAUUUUUUUGUUUUGUCUUACUUCUCUGGGUUUUGAAAUAAAUGUGGAAAAUUCUGGAUUUUGGAAACACUCCUGUCUCCGCAAUAAGGUGAAUGAACGGCCCACAGAAGACACUGUCUGCAGUUUACAUGGAGACAAUUUUCUGCUAAAGACCUGAGGUAGAAACUGUGGUGGAGGCAGACAUUUUUCAAAGGCAGCAUUUUACAGUGGAGGAGGUUCCACGGGAAAGCACAUUUAAUCAUGUUUUUUAUUUCCAACAUUUAGCCUUAGUUUUUAUUUGGUUUUCAUAUUUUAAAAAAGUAGAAAAAAAAUCCAUGAAUGAAUAAAGCAAAUACAGGCCAUUCAUGUGUUCUCCUGGGGCAGUGAUGACCUCCGUAAUCAAGCUGAAGGGAAACCAGAGGGAAACCUCACCUCACCUGACACCUCGUCCCAAAAGUCAACGCCUGAGCUCUGCGGAGCAACAUCUGGGUGAGCCAGAGUCCUUAUGGAAACAAGCGCUGCGGACCGACCACGUUCAAACUGAGCUCCUUGGCUCUUUGGUCACCGAAGCUGGGUUUGGUGAGAAGAACGCCUCCGCCGGCUCCUCGGCAUGGGGCCGGAGACGCUCUGCAGAGGAAACAUCAGGCGGAUAGAAGCAGGAAUGAGUUCCACGAAACAUCAGACAAUUCUGCACCUUCUUCAUUUCUAAUGUGUGUUCGCUGCAGGCUUUGAUCCAGGGACUCGCCAGAUUAAGAGAAUCACAGGUCAAUGGCUGCGUUGGAUUCAAACGUCUCAGGAAGCCACGUCCGCGUGACAGCGAUCCGUCGUUCACACCGGAAGGCCUUGUGUGAAAAGAGCCUACCAGGUCUGUGGCUACGGUGCACACGGGUUUUGGUCUGGAUGCUCUGAGUUCUGGUCCGGCAGUGAAGUGGCUGGACUGCCGAUUCGUCCCCGGUGUCUUAUCACUGGAUCUGUUGAGGAUGUGUAACCAAACCUCCGCUCAGCUCUGGUGAGACAGCAGAACCAUGGUUUACCUGUUGUGGGGCUCCGAAGCAUCUCCAGGGUCCUCUGCAUCACUGCCUUUAGUACCUGAAGGUAGCACACACUUGGAAAUAUCCAACUAAAGUAUUGGACACACAAACACACACACACACAGUAACAACAACAACCUUUACAACAAGGUGAAUGUCAAAGCCAAGAGUUUGCGAUCCAGAUGUUUCCUUAUUGGAAGAGGGGAACUCAGAGGAGUGUGUAGGAUGAGGUCUGGGAGGUCGGUUUUAACAUCCAUCACCUUCAGAAAAGCCUGACUCGUGUGUGUGUGUGUGUGUGUGUGUAUGUUGCGCUGAGUGGUGCGGUUGAUGGUCGUUGCUCCUCUAGUCCAGGUGGAGGCGCCGUUGGACCAACAAACAGCACGGGUUUCUGACGGGUUUCCAUGGAGAUAAGACGAUACAGAAGCAAUGACGGAGCCGUGGUGUCCUACGGAGACAUGCUGUCGGACCGUGUGUGUUGUCCCGGUACGAAGAGACCGAGUCCCGCUGUUUUACUUCGUCUAUUCGGGGGCGCGAUCCCACUACUGAGCGGCACGGGGGCUUUGACCUGCUCCGUUCCCGACCUGGACCGGAGCACCCCUCCUUCGGCGACCUGGACUACAGGCGCGCGAGGAGCAGCCUCACUCACCGGGCUGUCAGCCGGUACAACAGCGUCGUGGUCGUUGAGGCUGGCGACGCCUGGCGGCGGUUUCCGUUCACCGAUAGAGGCUGCAGGUCCAGAUGUGGACCCUGCCCCUGCAGCGCGGCAGUCCAGGACGCUGUAUGUGGGUCUUUUGUGGUCAACGUCCUGCUGCUGCUGCUGCUUCACUGCCUCAGGUCCCCAUCCGGCCCAAACAUCAGACUACAUCUGUUUCCUGUCGUUUGUAAACUACACCAGUACGACACGUGUCCCCGCGUUAAAGUGAACUCUGUGGAUCAGUGGUAACUAAAGUAACUAAAUACUCUACAUGUACUCAAGUACCACUUUGAGAUACUUGUACUCUUCUGAAGUAUUUCACUUCCUGUUCCUACUCCACUACCCCUCAGAGACAAUGUUGGGAUGGACAACUACCAUGUAAAGUUGUGUGGACAUGUCCAUGUUGACUGCAUGACGCCUGUCCAGGCAAGAACAGACGUGCUGUCAGAGCGGACCUGCGGACUCCAUGGUCUAGCAGGUCUGCUCGAGACCUGCCGCCGCCGACGGGAGCCUUUUUCUCAUGGAAGAUGUGAAACUUUCCCACUCACACUUUUCACACCGUUGCUCAGUGAAAAUGGAUGAAUGUCAAUGAAUGUCAGACCUUCUCAGGGCGAGCGGGCGGUGAAGCCGCAGCAGAGCCGUGGCUGCACAGACACACAGUCCGGAGACCAGUCAGCCCGGCUGCAGAUGAGUUCUCGCCACCUCCAGUCCUCUCUACAGAUGGAUCAGCCCUCAAGGGAGGAAAACUGCUGUCCUGCAAAGCUGUGCACGAAGGAAAUAAAGACGCAACUUGCAGCUUCAAGAAAAUGAAUGGAAACUGCAAUCGGGGCUGUGACAGCUACACUAUCAACAAAAAAUAUCUGACAAAAAUGUUUGUUUUGUUUUACAAAAAGAACUUCAGUCAAGGUCCACUUGACAUGAAAACUUCUAUCCCAGUCAAUCGACUGACACUGGCAAACAGCCUGGAAGAAUCAUUUUUGGCUGUUUCUCACCUUAUUUUUCCAUUUCCACUUCACCAUAUCACACUCCACUCAAUUUAGCAACUUCAUUGUGCACACGGUGUGAAUAAUGCCUGGGCUGCCCACAUUCUUAUCACAUUUCUUUUAAGAAACGCUGGGUUAAGUAUGACGAUUGACAGGUUGUACUCUCAGAGCAUCUCUUUAAAUGGCCAUGUUGAUUCUCAAAAAGAGCACAUACUUCCUGUUCAUCUUGAUUUUGUAAUUUCCUGUGACAGUUUGACAGAGGCAAGCGUAUUUCACAAACCACAGCCUUUGUGCCUCUGUGCCUUUGCUUGUGGAGUUUCAUCCUUUGGAGCAUGGGGAGCCCGGUGCAGGUGUUACUGUGGGCCUGGAUUAUCCUGGACUCGGAGGUGCUUUCAAUCUCACUGCCAGAAAUCACUGAUGGGAAGUUCAUUGAAGAGUGUGUGAGUGAACACAACAGGGCUCGGUCAUCUGUCAGUCCACCUGCAACUAACAUGCUGCACAUGACGUGGGAUGAGGGCUUGGCCAUUACUGCGGGAGAAUGGGCAAAGCGCUGCGUGUUUGACCACAACCCCCACCUCAAAGAUGUCCGCCGCAUGCAUCCGACCUUCCCCUCCGUAGGAGAGAACGUAUGGACAGGCCACACGCAACUAUUCAAUGUGACGAGAGCCAUAAAAAAAUGGGUGGAUGAAAAAGUUAACUACAACUACCAAAUGAACACUUGCAGUUCCAUCUGUGGCCACUAUACGCAGGUUGUGUGGGAAAGCAGCUACAAGGUUGGUUGUGCCGCCCAGCUGUGCCCAAAUGGUGUCAGUAACUUUGAUACUAAAGAGGGUGUUGUUUUUGUAUGCAACUAUGCUACAGCGGGUAACAUUAACGGAAGGCGACCAUAUGGAUCUCAGGAGGGGGCCUGCUCUGGAUGUAAAGGCACCUGUGUGGACGGUCUCUGCCGCUACUACUGGACCCCAGAUUGGGACCAUGGCCUCAGCUAUGUGACGAUUCUGAUUGUCCGGCCCAUCGCUCUUAUCGUCACCUUCAUCACAGGAUACGCAGUCCACUACUUUUACCCCAAUGCCUUCUGCUAUGAGUAGACCCCACUGUUUUGACCUGAACA